AUGACCAAAGGCAAGCUAUAUUACGAAGUAUGUACCAGACAAGCCAGCUACACCAUAAACCACCAUAAGUACGACUGCUUGGUGAUCGGGGCUGGUGGUGCGGGGUUAAGGGCGGCUAUCGGCCUCGCUGAGCAGAAGUUCUCAGUGGCUCUUGUGACGAAAAUGUUUCCUACACGCUCGCAUACCAUCGCGGCUCAGGGUGGAAUGAAUGCGUCUAUAGUAACAAGUAGUAUGCACGAGGACGAUUGGAGGUGGCAUUUUUAUGACACUGUUAAAGGCUCCGAUUGGCUUGGAGACCAGGACUCCAUCCAACAAUUGACCCGCGAUGCUCCCAAUUGCGUUUAUGAGCUGGAAAACAUGGGGAUGCCCUUCUCAAGAACCAAAGAUGGGAAGAUAUACCAACGCUCCUUUGGUGGGGGUACAAAGAACUGCGGAAAGGAGAUGGCUAAACGGACUUGUGCUGUUGCUGAUCGAACAGGACACGCUCUUCUGCAUACUCUGUACGGCUAUAGUACUAAGUUCAAAAACAUCAAGCUGUUUAGUGAAUUUUUCGUGUUGGAUUUGUUGCAACAAGAAGGUGCUAUUGUGGGUGCCUUGGCUUUGGAUAUGGAUGACAGUAGCUUGCAUCGUUUUCAAGCCAAGAACACCGUUAUAGCUACCGGUGGAUAUCCAAGAAUGUUUUUCUCCUGCACAGCAGCUCACACUUGUACGGGCGAUGGUUGUUCAAUGGUGACUAGACUUGGCUUACCAUUGCAGGAUAUGGAGUUCAUACAAUUCCAUCCAACUGGUAUGUACGGCUCUGGUUGCUUAAUGACUGAAGGAUGUCGCGGAGAAGGUGGCUACCUCGUGAACAGCGAGGGUCAAAGGUUUAUGGAGAAAUAUGCGCCAAAAGCCAAAGAUUUGGCGAGCCGGGAUGUUGUAUCCAGGUCGAUAGCCACUGAGAUCAGACAAGGAAGAGGUGUCGGCCCUAAGAAAGAUCACAUGUACCUUCAGUUACACCACUUGAAGCCGGAAGUAAUUCACAAGCAGUUGCCUGGAAUUUCGGAAACGGCUUACACCUUCACUGGUGUUGAUGUCACAACAGAGCCAGUUCCAAUAAUUCCGACUGUUCACUACACUAUGGGGGGCAUCGCUAUUAAUUAUAAGGGAGAGUGCAUUGUAAAUAAGGAAGGAUGUGACGAGGUGAUCCCGGGGCUACAUUCUGCGGGGGAAGCUGUCAGUAAUUGCCACGGCGCUAAUCGGCUUGGGGCUAAUUCGAUUCUGGACGUGGUGGUGUUUGGGAAGGCGAUCGGAGUCAAUGUAGGAAACAUAUCGAAGCCUGGCGAUUCCCAACCAGAAUUAAACCACAAUGUUUGCGACUCGGCGAUCGACAAUUUCGAGAAAAUUCGAAACGCCAACGGUAGUGUUUUGCCCCACGAGCUUCGCUUGAGCAUGAGGACAACGAUGCAAAACAAAUGCGGUGUAUUUAGAGAAGCUAAAUUACUAGACGAAGCUCAGAAUGAAAUACAAAAGUGGUACGCAGCAUUCAAAGACAUAAAGGUCACAGAUCAGAAACUGAAUUAUAACACCGAUUUGAUAGAAUGUCUUGAGCUCCAGAACAUGUUGCAAGCUGCGGUACAAGUCGUCGCCUGCGCAAGAAACAGAACUGAGAGUAGAGGGGCACACUUUCGUGAUGACUUCCCAAAAAGGGAGGAUGAAAUGGACUACAGCAAACCUACCGAAGGUCAGACUCCAAAGCCGAUGGAACAACACUGGCGCAAGCAUAGCCUCUCGCACCUUGAUUUGGCAAGUGGAAAGGUCACUAUCUCGUAUAGACCAGUAAUUGACAAGACUUUGGAUGACGAAGUCCAAACGAUACCACCAGUGCCUCGAGUCUAUUAA